AUGGCUUCUCUUUCGAGCGAUCAACCCUCAGCCAGGAGAACCUUCGCCAAUGCACACCUUCCUGCCCCAGGCCACGACCUCCUCUCUACUGACCAUCAACAGCUGGCUGCAACUGCUAGCGCUCAACCUUCUGAACAUGAUCAUCCUAGCAACCAGAUCAGCCAGUCUACUCUUGAUGGCGCCCUGUCUUCUGCCCAACCAAGGAAACUUAUUCCCUCCCCCUCGAAUGAGCCUCCUAAGGCACCUUCGAUCGACGGCCUCGAAACGACGCCUGUAUUGACUACACAAAUAUUGUCCGGUACAUCUGACGAAAGCGCUACUCAGUUGUCAUCAUCAGACGGUUCGGUCAAACCCCCUAGCCUCGAUGGAAAAAGCGUGGCUUCUAUCACCACGUUCGCCAUGGACGAGAAAGAGUCGCUGAGACCAGAUGAUAGUGCUAGCGUCUUAGCCAUCGAGGACGAUGACACUUACUCGCCGUCAGGAUCCGCUGCCGUCGGUUCACGAUUGGGCUCGGAGACGGGCGCUCGUGCUUUCCGCGAUCAACUUUUGGAAAUCACUUCCAGAGGACCCGCGCUGCGUCAAUCUGGACCUACGUCGAGACCUGACUCAACAACUAAUGCCCCCAUUGGAACACUUUACGUCCCCCCGCCAAUUGGCAGUUCCACAGCAAUCCCUGGUUAUGUACAACCACCUAGCAACGUUGGCAGACCCGAAGAUGUCUUGCCUGAUGCAAAGCUCUUGGAAGCUCUCAAUAAUCCGAGAGACAGGAUAUGGGUGCUCAAGUUGGAGCAGGACAUCAUUGACUUUGUGAAGGACUCUUCAAUGUUGGCUCACAAACUAGCUGAUUACUAUAUCCUGGGCCAUGCUGUCGACGGCUCAAUCUCAGCCGUUCGUCUGUACAAGACUCCAAACUGUCGAAUCGCUCCACCCUUGACUGCCAUUGCAACACCGCCGACAAGCACUAACACACCACCCCCUACUGCGCCUCAGAUGAAGAUCUUGCGUCGUGGCGGUGAUGCACCGUUGAAUGGCCUCUCCAAAUCGAACUCCGAUGGAGGAGACAGCGCUGACUCGGACAAGAACAAGCCCUUGACUCGUGAGCAACGCGAGCAGAGAUAUGAGUUGGCUAGACUGCGAAUUCUGGGCUCUGCAAAGCCUACAGAGGAUAUACCCCUCGUUAAGGAGAAGGACGAAUCCCGUUCCAGCUCUGCUGCUGGAAAGAAGAAGCCAAAGAAGCAGCGCAGCAACAGUGAUGACGAUUUCGAGGCGAGAUCUGCUUACAGCACCUUUGUGACGCCACAGAAUGGUGCCCCUGAUGGUGGAAACAUGGUCUACUACCCCGCAUUCCCUGGAGGUGCCCAAGGUGUCCCUGGCAUGUACAAUGGUGCCCCCUCGGCUUCAGCUUCGCAAAACUCAUAUAAUGCUGUCUACGGUCCCAUGACGCCUUCGCAGGUUGCUCCUUACCCAUGGCUGCAACAAGGCUAUUCUGGUUACAACGAAUCUAGUAAUCAAGGACAGCACAACGUCAAUGAUCUGUCCGCCGAUUUCCAAGCCAUGUCGUUCCAGACACAGUCCGGACCUACCUCCCCACCUCCCCCAGCUGGACCAUAUGGUUAUGGGAGUCCACAAAAUCAGCAACAACAGCAGUAUUCUUCAUGGCAGCAAAUGAUGCCUAAUCAGUCCGGCUACCAAGGCAGCCCAAACUACGGUGGCCAGUUUGCGAGCAGACCGCCAUCCUCAGCGAGUCAUGGAUCCGCUACACAUGGCUACCCGUAUGGAGUACCGAUGAACCAGAUGCAAAUGCCUGACGCUUACAUGGGUUACCCAAACCAAGCCAUGGCUGGUGCAUACAACCGCGGGAACUUCAAUCCCCAAAGUCAGGCAUUCAUCCCUGGUUAUCAGCCUCAUUAUGGCGCACCAAUGGUGCCUCCUAAUAACAACAUGGGUUUCAAUUCGGCUUAUCCUGGAUCACAUGCAUUGCAGCGUCAGAACUCCAGCCAGUCGCAAGCAUCGUCGUACGGCGGACAAAGUGGCGGCCAGAACAAUAGCAGACCGCCUCACCCUCUGCCACAGCCUGUUUUCUCGCCCCAUGUUCAAAUGCCUUUCCAGAACUCGCAGAGACAAGCUGGCACACCGUCUCGCCCUGGCACCACAUCAACAGUAGACAACAAUAGCAGUGCACCAAGCUCGAUCGCAAAAUGGNGGACGCCAGCCUCUUUGCCUGCCAAGCCUCCUCCACCAGCAGCAACCAACUCGUUCGACUUGUCUAGGAUGCCACAUGGGCAGCAAAAUGGCGCAACCUAUUCUCCCGGGGCUCCAGGACGACUUCCCGGUGUUGGAGGACAGGGAUUCCAUGCUUUGCCAUCUAUGGUAGCCUUGCGUAACGGACAAACACCCCGAGGCGGGCAGUGA